AUCGGGAAACGGAAUAAAACGGCUGGGCUCCAUUGUGACCUCAUUUAGCCUAAAGUUUCAAGCUAACUCGUUUACUGCUUUAACACAUGUGUGCACUAGUUAAACAUGCAAAUCGACCUUGAUUUUUAUGAUUUGUGCAGUUUCUGACAUUUGUGUUACGAGUUUACAACUGUAUAGUUAUCCUUUGCUGUCUCAUAAUGAGUGCCCAAGUACGACCGACAAUUAUAAGUAUACAUACUCCUUGUUCUUGACAACUAUGGAUAAAGUGAAGCCAACUUUAUUUCUUUGCUUGUCUACAUCCCGUGAAUGUUUGAUACAACCCGCUGAGUGGAUAGUCUUAACGUUGGCCAGCAUUACUGUGUGUGUGUGUAGUCUAAUCGAGAGCUCAAAACAGUUGUUUACGCUGGACAUUUGAACACGUCAUUCUAUUGCAUACAAAUGCUUAAUCUGGACAUAUAAUUUGUCAUUUCGAUUAAUACACACUGCUUAAGCUGGGCAUUUAAACAGACAUUUCGGUGUAUGCAAAUGUUUAAGCUUGGAUUUGAGUAAAGAACGUUUGAUCUAUUCACAUUUCAAUCAUUGAACAAUGAUGUCCGACCAGUCCGAUUCUAUGGAUGCGUCUACGCCGGACUCACAGUCUCAGUCCGGUGACGAUGUUUUUGGAGCAUCAAACGGCCAAGAGACUGCCCCGGCUAAUGUGGCAAUGGAAUGUGUUAAUAAUUCAGAAUGUGCAAAUAAUGCGGACUGUGGCGCGCCUCCUUCAUUGGUGGACGGCACAGAUGGAGUCCAAGAAACGCCACAUUUUGCCAAAGAAAGACGCAGGCGUCUAAGUGGCUGGAUGCCUAGAAGCAAAGAUUUGCAAGAGUCUACAACAAAAUCUGGCUACGGCUGGACAAAGACAAAGUGCAGCAGUUGUGCCAACAAAUCAUCAUGCCCUCAUGUACUACGAGCACCCACUGUUAUUGCAAUGGUGGGUCUCCCAGCUCGGGGUAAGACCUACAUUUCAAAGAAGUUGACAAGGUACCUUAACUGGAUUGGAGUGACCACAAAAGUAUUCAAUGUGGGUGAAUACAGGCGAGCCAAAACUGACAAAUACAGGAAUCAUGAAUUUUUUAAACCUGAAAACAAAGAAGCACAAGAACUGCGCAGUCAGGUGGCAAUGUUGGCCAUGGAAGAUGCUGCCAAAUAUCUAGAAGAAGGGGGAGGAGAAGUAGCAGUUGUGGAUGCAACCAACACCACUAGAAGCAGACGAGCCAUUCUUGUUAAAAUGUUUACAGUAGACAGGAAUUUUAAGCUCUUCUUUGUAGAGUCUGUAUGUGAUGAGCCAUCUAUUAUAGAGGCUAAUAUACUGGAAGUCAAGGUUUGUAGCCCUGACUAUUUGGGCAUGGAUAAAAAUACAGCUCUUGAAGACUUUCUUAAAAGGAUAGAGCACUACAAGCAGGAAUAUGAAGCCUUGGACUACAGAUUUGAUAAGGAUAUAUCAUUUAUACAGAUCUUCAACCAGGGAGAAAGAUUCAUUGUUAACAGAUUAGCAGGUCAUCUGCAGAGCAGAGUUGUCUAUUAUCUCAUGAAUAUUCAUGUGCUUCCAAGAACAAUUUAUCUUACCAGACAUGGUGAGAGUGUCAUGAACCUACAAGGUCGUAUUGGUGGCAAUAGUGAACUUAGUGAUCAUGGCCAUAGAUAUGCUGAAGAGCUUGGUCGAUUUGUUCAAAAUGAGAAUAUACCCAACUUAAAAGUGUGGACAAGUGAGUUGGUUCGAACUAUUCAAACUGGUAGAUUUAUAGAUGCACCAAAGGAGCACUGGAAGGCUCUCAAUGAAAUUGAUGCAGGUAUAUGUGAAGGUAUGACCUAUGAAGAAAUUCAGGAGACAUAUCCACAAGAUUUUGCAGACAGAGAUCAAGACAAGUAUCAUUACAGAUAUCCCAGUGGGGAGUCAUAUCAAGAUCUAGUGGCCAGACUAGAGCCUGUUAUACUAGAGCUUGAACGUCAAGAAAAUGUUAUGGUUAUAUGUCAUCAAGCAGUCCUUAGGUGCCUUCUAGCCUACUUCCAAGACAAAAGUGCAGACAAUCUUCCUUAUCUGAAAGUCCCCCUUCACACUGUCAUCAAGCUAACACCAGUGGCUUAUGGUUGUAGAGUAGAGUUUGUAGCUCUUGAUAUACCUGCUGUCAACACACACCGGGACAGGCCUGUGAAUGUGACUAGGUCCCGAUCGACAUGUGAAGCCCUGGAGACUGUACCAAACCAUGAGUAGUGCAGCUUGACUGACUAGGAAGAUUCUGUAAUAUGGGAAUUAAGAAAUUGCAAGCAUGUUUUUCCCUAUUCUUGAUUCUCCCAUAGACAGAAUACCUACAGAGAAAUCAUUAUCCACCAUAAUCAGACUUGUUCCAACAAAAGUCAUUUGGAUGCUUUCCACAAGAAACUUCAGCAUUGCUGUGAUGCCAACUAUUGUGAAUGAAUAAGGAGAAAAAGAGCUGAAAAUAUUUGUUUGUACACAGACAAAUUCUAUUUUAACAUUGCAGGUCUACUUUUCUGUGUAACCAAUAUUUAUUUACACUGCCAUUUAAUCUAGGUUUUGAUGUUAUCCACUGUACAUUAUAUUUGAAACAUUUACAUUCCUAGAGCUUAGAUACCAAAAGAUUGAAUAGUGUGUUUCAGCUAUUGUAAGUUAAUCACAUAGAAUGAUUUGCAGUGUAAUUAUUAUUUUUUUUUGGCUCUCAUACUCAUUAUUACGUUGCAUACCCAGUACACAAAUAAAAAAAACUUAUCUGACUUCUUUCUAAUGGUUUUUAAAGAAAAAAUGUGUUCAAAGUGAAAGCAGUUAGUUGUUUUUUUAGUUACAAUUUUAGAGUGGUCCUAUAUUUUUAUAAAAAUAUUUAAUGUAUGCAUGAUCAUUAUAACAUCAGUUGCCAUCCCACAGAGUUAUUAGUGUGAUUAAGAUUUUAACUGAUUUUGAUAACUUUUAUUAUAAAAAUGGAGGUUACACUUUUUCAUCUGAUCUAUCUUAAAGCAGCAAUCAUAAUGUUUAUAACAAUCUAUCUAUCUACUAGAAUUUAUUUGUUUUUGAUUUGAGUUUAAUAUUUUAGUUUAAACCAGUUUAUUUCAAAAACAACUUCAGCCUGUGGUUUCUAAUGAUUCUCUUGAAUCAACACUAUUUUACUCAAGUUAGUAUAAAAGUCAUAUUAGUGUCACGAAGUUUGAAUAGAAUGCUGUGCUCCUGUGUUGUUUCAAAAGAGUUUCCUUAUCUUACUUCCAAUUAGAAGAUUAAGCAAUAAGCAUUAAUAUGCAUUUUGUGAAGUAGUUUCUGUUGUAUUAGGUUUCUUACCAUUUAUUUAUUUUUUUUAAAUUUUAUGUUGACCAUAGCAAGAUGUAUUGAAGAGGCUUAUAUACAUUUAUAGCUUGUUGUCUAAAAAAGGGUUGGUAAAUAAAAGUGACAUUUUAGUUAUUUUGUCAGUCUUUUUACAUUUUAUCUAAGUGUACUUGUCAAGUAUCAUACCUUAGUCUCAAUCUAUUUAAAUGACGGUGAAAGUAUUAAAAAAAAAAGAUGUUUUAAUUGUAUGAUUAUAUUUUUUAAUGAACAAUAAUACUAGAGAUGAUCUAAGGAUGAGUGAAGGUAGAAAGCUACAUUUUCUGCAUAAUUAACUGUUGUUAAGAUAAUCUAUUUUAAAGCUUUUUUAUAGCGCACAAAUUUAUGCUGUUGUGUAUAUUUAUAAAUAUAGAACUAUAUAGUAGACAAAAAUAAACUGAGUAUUUAGUAA